UUGGACUGUAAACUGGGGGAAAGGUAACUGGGGUGUCGGAGGCUGCCCUGGGAAUGACUGUUUGUGUGACCACAGCUCACUUGACCUGCAUGACAAAUCAGUUUACAAACAGCCGAAAAGGACAACGCGAAGAAGUCUGCUUUAAGGCAGCAGACAACGUUAAACUAAAGAACUUUCGGAAUCUACAGAGGUUACAGGAUGGACAACCAAGUGUUCGAGUCGACGGCUGAACGGACGUUUCAGUAUCAGGGCACCCUGCCUCCGCUCCCCGUGCCUACACUGGAAGGAACGCUCAGCAAAUACUUGGAAGCAGUGAGACCUUUCACAACUGAAGUAGAGUUCAAGAACACGACAGCCAUAGUGAAGCAGUUUGGUGAUGGUGUUGGACGUGACCUACAUAAAAGACUGCUUCAGAGAGCCAAGAGUCGGAGGAACUGGCUGGAAGACUGGUGGCUGAAUGCGGCGUACCUGGAGGUCCGCGUCCCCUCCCAGCUCCAUGUGAACUUCGGGGGUCCGGCCCCUUACCUGGAGCACUGCUGGCCACCCUGUGAAGGCAAACAACUGGAGCGGGCCAGCAUCAGCCUCUGGUACAACCUGCAGUACUGGGACCUCAUCCGCACAGAAAGGCUGGCCAUCCACAAGUCUGGCAACACGGCCUUCGACAUGGAUCAGUUCCGCAUGCUCUUCAACACGUGCAAGGUGCCAGGGAUCACCAAGGAUUCGAUCAUCAACUACUUCCGCACAGAGAGUGAGGGACCAUGCCCUUCCCAUCUAAUAGUGAUGUGCCGUGGGCGGAUUUUCACAUUUGAUGUGCUGUGCGAUGGUCAAAUCCUCACCCCACCUGAACUCUUAAGGCAACUCACCCACAUCAAGCAGUGCUGCGACGGCGAGCCGUCCGGCGAGGGGGUGUCCGCCCUCACCACCGAGGAGAGGACGCGUUGGGCCAAGACGAGGGAGCACCUGUUGUCACUGGACCCAGCCAAUGAGAGCAUCCUAGAGAUAAUUCAGAGCAGUCUAUUCGUUGUGUCCUUGGACGACUGCAAGCCUUAUGCCACACCUGAGGACUAUUCACCGAUGACAGUACAGGCCCUGAUUGGUGACCCCACCAUCCGCUGGGGUGAUAAAUCCUACAACUACCUCAGCUUUGCUGAUGGCACGUUCGGCUCCAACUGUGAUCAUGCUCCCUAUGACGCCAUGAUCCUCAUCUCCCUCUGCUACUACGUGGACCAGAAGCUGAAAGCCUGCAGUGGCAAAUGGAAGGGCUCAGAGGUCGUUCGUGCGCUGCCACUCCCUGAGGAGCUUGUGUUCACUGUAGAUGACCGCAUCAGAAGGGACAUCAGCCUUGCCAAAGAUCAGUACUACAAAACAACUCAAGACCUGCAGGCUGUGACAUAUGCAUUCACCUCAUUUGGCAAAGCGGCCAUCAAGAAGAGGAAACUCCAUCCAGACACAUUUGUGCAGCUGGCCCUACAGCUGGCCUACUACAGACUCCACCAUAAGAUCGGGUGUUGCUAUGAGACGGCCACCACGCGAAGGUUCUACCACGGCCGCACGGAGACCAUGAGGCCCUGCACCACUGAGGCUGAGAGCUGGUGCCGGAUCAUGCUGGACUCUACAGCAAGUGCAGAAACGAAGAGAACAGCAUUGCAGAAAGCGGUUAACAAGCACAACAAACUCAUGGCUGAGGCCCAGAAUGGAAAGGGUAUUGAUAGACACCUGCUCGGCCUGUGCCUGAUCGCCAAGGAGGAGGGACUUCCUGUUCCAGAGUUGUUCACUGAUCCUGUGUUUGCCAAGAGCGGAGGGGGCGGAAACUUCACUCUGUCCACCAGUCUGGUGGGUUACACCACGGUGCUCGGGGCUGUGGCUCCCAUGGUGCACCACGGCUAUGGAUUCUUCUACCGCAUCCGGGACGACAAGUUGGUGGCAUCAUGCACCGCUUGGAAGUCCUGUGCUGAGACGAACGCUGAGACUCUCUUCCAGAGCCUCUCCACCUCCCUACACGAGAUGCUCGCGCUCACCACCCUGUCUCAGCUCUAGAGCGCCCCCAAGUGGCGGAGGUCCCCUAGUUCACAAUGCAAGUUACACCAGUCAGCCUUUUCCUUUUCUGUACGACACAAAUGACAGCAUAUGUUUGAUCAUAUAGAAGUGUAACCAGGUAGGGUACAUAGUGACCGCAUACGUUUGGUGCUUUAAAACAUCAGAUUGUAGCUAAAAUGGAAAGGAACUUGACACCAAGCUCCUUUUUGUUUUCAUGCCGUCCCUUCCCUUAUUCCUGCUGCAAUGCAAUGUAACGUUAAAGCUUUCACUCUGCCAAAGCAGACGAAUCUUCAAGUGCUUCCUAAGUGCUGCUUAUUUGGUACAGGACUCCAUAUGCUGCAGGUAAACCAUGUAAGCAUUCACCUGGGCCUUCUUGUGGUUGCAUGCAGUGCAGCGCCACCCUGUGGUUAUUUCAGUAAAUGCACACAUCAAUGCAAUAUGUAAGCACUACUAGACACAUAACUCACUACCAACAGAAAUGGAAGGAGGAUGUCGUUCUCUGUUGUUUUCACAAUAUCUUUUGCACUUAACUACUGUCUAAUUUUUCCUGUCUGUCUUCCAAAGCAUGAUUUAUUUUUAUGUAGAGAUAUUUUGUAUAAUUGCUUUGAUUUUUAAUAUUACGUUACUUACGCAAUACUUCCAAGUGUUGAUUCAUUUAAUCUAGUUUUUGAACCAUGUAAAACAUGAAUGUCAAGGGCUAUUUGUGACAUUUUCAAGCUGGUAUCUUCUCAGUUGUCCCUCCAUUUCUUGGCCCUGUGGGCAUUUUUCACUUUGCAAAACAAUGAAUGAGUGUGAUGAUGAAAGGCAUGGGCUCAGCAGGUCAGUCCACAGCAAGUUGUUUUCCGUGUCAACAUGCACUCAGCUGAACUGUAUGUGAUGUAGAGGGCUGGGUGGUUCAGAACAGGUUUUGUAGGUGCAGGCAGUGUUAGGAGACUUUUGUGUCAGUGUUAAUGAAUGAAUGAAUGAAUGAAUGAAUGAAUGAAUGAAUGAAUUGAAUUGAAUUGAAUUGGCCCUCUAAUUGAAGCAUAAUACAUGUGCAUUUUAAUGUAGAUCUAUUUUAAUGCAUUUAGAUUUUAGAUCUACAGGCCAUGACUUGUAAAGAAUGGAAUAUAGAAAGGAAAGAUGAUUUCUAAGAAUCUAUGACCCUGGUGUAUAUGAAUUCAUAAUGCCUGUCUAAUGAAAUAGGCAUGCUGUGUUUGAAUGUUUGAUAAUGCACAUGGUUUUAAUAAAACAUUUUAUUUUGAAGGAGUAUGGAAAAUAAACCAGAUUGAUGACUGAA